CAUACCGCCCGCCCCGACCAUGCCGCCCGCCGCGCUGCCACUGCGGGUGCUGCUGCUGCUGCUUCUGCUCCCGCCUGCCGCGGCCGCUCUGGGGCAGUUCUGGCACAUCACGGACCUGCACUGGGACCCCGAGUACGAGGCGGCGGCAGCAGCCGGGCAGGGCUGCCCGUCAGGGGGUUCCAGUCCCGGUGCCCCCGGUGGGCCCUGGGGCAGCCACCGCUGCGACGCGCCCUGGCGCCUGCUUGCCUCGGCCGCCCGGGCCAUGCGCCAGCGCCUGCCGCACCCGCGCUUCGUGCUCUGGACGGGGGAUGAUACCCCACACGUCCCCGAUGAGAAGCUUGGAGAAGAAAAGGUUCUGCAUAUAAUAGAAAAUCUGACUUCUCUGAUAAAAGAGACUUUUCCAGACACUAAAGUCUAUGCAGCGAUGGGCAAUCAUGACUUCCACCCCAAGAAUCAGUUUCCAGGCAAGGAGCACAGGAUCUACAACCGAACAGCUGAACUGUGGCGUCCCUGGCUGAACAAUGCUUCCAUUCCUCUGUUCAGAGCAGGAGCUUUCUACAGCGAGAAGCUGCCCAGCCCAGAUACAAGGGGGCGAGUGGUUGUCCUCAACACCAACCUGUACUAUGACCAGAAUGUUGAGACGGCCGCUGAGGAGGAUCCUGGAGGGCAGUUCCAGUGGCUGGAGGAAACGCUGACCAAUGCCUCUAGAGCAGAUGAAAUGGUCUACAUCGUGGGGCACGUCCCUCCUGGCUUCUUCGAGAAGAAACGAGGAAAGCCCUGGUUCCGGAGUGGCUUUAAUGAACGAUACCUGAAAAUCGUACAGAAGCACCACAGAGUGAUUGCUGCCCAGUUUUUCGGGCACCAUCACACGGACAGCUUUCGGAUGUUCUACAGUGAUUCAGGUUCUCCAAUCAAUGUCAUGUUCCUGGCCCCUGGAGUGACUCCCUGGAAAACAACAUUACCUGGAGUGAUCAAUGGAGCCAACAACCCUGGGAUUCGGGUGAUCGACUAUGACCCUGACACCCUUCAGGUGUUGGAUAUGGUCACUUACUACUUCAACCUAACUGAUGCCAACAUGAUGGCCUCAACACGAGAGGAAGAGUUCCCACUGUGGGAGGAAGAGUACAGGCUGACAGAAGCCUUCCAAAUCCCUAAUGGCUCUGCACGCUCCAUGCAAACGGUGCUGGAGAGGAUCUCGGAGGACCCUCACUAUCUGCAGCAGUACUACGAGUUUAAUUCUGUCAAAUAUGACCUCACCGUGUGCAAUGAGGCCUGCCGCGUUGAUCACGUUUGUGCCAUCAGGGAAGUUGAUUUUUCCAGAUACAAUGAGUGUGUUAAAACCAGCAGCUCUGCUUCUGCUGUCGUCAGUGUUUGGCUUUUAUCGUUGUGCUUGCUCCUAGGACCGCUGAGUCCCCAGCACGCACUGUGAGGACAGAGCAAGAGGAAAUAAAGAGCACAGGUUCACAAUGUGCAUGAACUGGCAAUCGUGAAUGCUUUUGGCACCGAGUACUUACUCGGAAACCAAGACAAAAUCAAUGGCUUUUUCUAAAAUCUCUAAGAUGUUGAUUCAAAAUCUUCUGGAAAAAGUUGCUUUAUCAGGAAAGGGCAGUGAUUGCUACGAAGUCUUUUUGUGCACAACUGACUUGCAGCAGGGGUUUGUCUCCCUUCUGCCAUCACUUCUGGAGGUUGUCCCACAACUUGGACGACGAUCAGGUCUCCCCAUGGACCUCAGUUUGCCGUGGAUGAGAGCUGUGAGCUGCCCUGUGAUUCCGAGGCCAGGUGGAGUCCUCGUGCUGGCACACUCUUCCCUUCUGGAAAGACUACAUGGAAAGUUUUGUCUUGAUGGCCUUGCACAACAGCAGCCUUGCCCUUAGCUUGUGUGAGCGAAGCCAGGUGGGAUUGGCUUUUCCUUGGACAGUGUGUGAACCUUGAAUCUGGGCUGUGACGUUCACGUGUCAGUGCCCAAGAUGAGACUCAGGGGCUCCUGCUGGCCCCAGGGCAGCUGGUUCCGUGUGGGAGCCUGGUGACCCCUGGAUGGGUCUUCUCCCUUUGCCACACGCUUGCCCCCUCCUGCUCCCAGGCAGAGCUCCUUGAAGAGGAACAGAUGGUGACACUGCCUUCAUAGAAUCAUGGAAUCAUUAUGUUUGGAAAAGAUCUCUAAUCUCAUGCAGUCCAAGAAUCAGCCCAACCUCACGGUGCUACCAAACCUUGUCCCUGAAUGCCACAGCCACACACUUUUUGAACCCCUCCAGGGAUGGAGACCCCACCACCACCCUGGGCACCUCUGCUAGGGCUUCACGGCUUUGUCAGUGAAGAAAUUUGCCCUGAUAACCAAUCUAAACCUCCUCUGGCACAACUUGAGGCCAUUUCCUCUCAUCCUAUCUCUUGUUACUACGUGGGACAAGAGCCCAGCACCCACCUCACCACAACCUCCUUUCCGGGAGCUGCAGGGAGCAAUGAGGUCUCCCCUCAGCUUCCUCUUCUCCAAGACUAAACAGCUCCAGGUGCCUCAGCCACUCCCAGAACCCCUGCGCUCCAGACCCUUCCCCAGCUCUGUUCCCUUCUCUGGACGCGCUCCAGCCCCUCUCAAUGUCUUUCUUGUACUGAGGGGCCCAAAAUUGAAUCCGGGAUUCGAGGUGUGGCCUCACCAGAGCUGAGUCCAAGGGACAAUCCCUUCCCUGCUCCUGCUGGUCACACCGCGGCUGAUCCCAGCCAGGAUGCUCUUGGCCUUCUUGCCCACCUGCUGGCUCAUGUUCAGCCACUGUUGACCAGCACCCCCAGGUCGUUUUCCGAAGGGCAUGUUUCCAGCUGCUCUUCCCCAAGCCUGGAGCUGCACGGGGUUGUUGCGACCCAAGCGCAGGACCCAACACUUGGCCUUGUUGAAUCCCAUCCACUCGGCCCUGGUCCAUCAACCCAGCCCGGCCAGGUUCCUCUGCAGAACCUCCCUGCCCUCCAGCAGAUCAACACUCGGUGUCCUUUGCCAACUGGCUGAGGGAGCACUCGAUCCCUUUGUCCGGAUCAUUGAUAACA